AUGAUAACGUGGCACGAGCUGUACAUGGUGAUGUCCGCCGUGGUGCCGCUGUACGUGCCGAUGCUACUGGCCUACGGAUCCGUGCGCUGGUGGGCCGUCAUCACACCCGAGCAGUGCGGCGGCAUCAACCGCUUCGUGGCUGUCUUCGCCGUGCCGCUCCUCAUCUUCAAGGUCAUCUCCGCCAGCGACCUCUACGCCAUGGACAUCCGCUUCGCCGCGGCCGACACCCUCCAGAAGCUCCUCGUCCUUGCCGCGCUCGCCGUCUGGUGCCGCCUCGCGCCCUCGUCCUUGGCCGGGCUGGACUGCUCCAUCACGCUCUUCUCCUUCUCCACUCUGCCCAACACGCUCGUCGUGGGCAUCCCGCUCAUCGCCCCCAUGUACGGGCCGCAUGCUGCCGACCUCGUGGUGCAGCUCGUCGUGCUCCAGUGCAUCGUCUGGUACACCAUGCUCAUCUUCCUCUUCGAGUUCCGCGCCGCGCGGCUGCUCGUCGCGGGGAGGUUUCCGGCCGGCGUCGCCACCGUGUGCGUCGACCCAGACGUCGUGUCGCUCGACGUCGACGGAAGCCAGGCCGACGGGACCGUGGUGCAGGAGGGCAGCACGACGACGGUGGAGGCCAAGGACGGCGGCGGCACGACGCCACCGUUUGGCGUGAGGCUGCGGCUGAUCCUGCCGAUGGUGUGGCGCAGGCUUAUACGGAACCCCAACACGUAUGCCUGCGUCCUCGGCCUUACUUGGUCACUCAUCAAAUUCCGAUUCCACAUCACCAUGCCGGCCAUCGUGGCCAACUCCAUCUCCAUCCUCUCCGACGCGGGGCUAGGGAUGGCCAUGUUCAGCCUGGGACUCUUCAUGGCCAUGCAGCCAAAGAUCAUCGCCGGCAGCAACACCGUCACGGCUGCCACCAUGGCCGUCCGCUUCCUCCUCGGCCCCGCGGUCAUGGCGAUCGCCUCCGCCGCCGUCGGCCUCCGAGGCACGCUGUUGCGCAUCGCCAUUGUCCAAGCCGCCAUACCAAUGGGGAUCGUGCCGUUCGUCUUCGCCAAAGAGUACAAUCUCCAUGCCGCAAUUCUUUGCACCGGGGUCAUAUUUAGCACUCUAAUCGCUCUUCCGAUCGUCCUCGUCUACUACAUAAUUCUUGGGCAGCUAUAA